AAUUCAAAGAAGCAUUUGAAAUCACUGUUUGACAAGGAUGGAGAUGGUACAAUCGCCACAAAGGAACUGGGAACAGUGAUGAGAUUUCUUGGACAAAAUCCAGCAGAAGCAGAACUUCAGGAUAUGAUCGAUGAAGUGGAUGCAGAUGGUAAUGGAACAAUUGAUUUUCCUGAAUUUCUCACAAUGAUGGCAAGAAAAAUGAAAGAAAGUGAUAGUGAAGAAGAAAUCAGGGAAGCUCUUUGAUUGGUUGACAAAGUUGGCAAUGGUUACAUCAGUGCAGCUGAAUUGCAACAUGUAAUGACAAACUUGGGACCGAAACUUACAGAUCAAGAAGUGGAUGAGAUGAUCCAAGAGGUAGAUAUUGAUGGAGAUGGACAAGUCAGUUAUGAUGGGUCAUGUGACGCAAAUUAAGUAACUCCAUUUUCAAUUUGGAAUUUUUCUCUCAAGGCUGAUCAACUCACGGAGGAGCAAAUUGCAGAAUUCAAAGAAGCAUUCUCGCUGUUUGACAAGGAUGGAGAUGGUACAAUCACCACAAAGGAACUGGGAACAGUGAUGCGAUCUCUUGGACAAAAUCCAACAGAAGCAGAACUUCAGGAUAUGAUCAAUGAAGUGGAUGCAGAUGGUAAUGGAACAAUUGAUUUUCCUGAAUUUCUCACCAUGAUGGCAAGGAAAAUGAAAGAUAACGACAGUGAAGAGGAAAUCAGAGAGGCUUUCCGAGUGUUUGACAAGGAUGGCAAUGGUUUUAUCAGUGCUGCUGAGCUGCGACAUGUAAUGACAAACCUGGGAGAGAAACUCACAGAUGAAGAAGUGGAUGAGAUGAUCAGGGAGGCAGACAUUGAUGGUGAUGGGCAAGUCAACUAUGAAGAGUUUGUAAAGAUGAUGACCAGCAAGUAACUGAUCAUGUCUGCAGUCUCCAAGUUUAUUGAGAGUGAAUUGUCUGUGCAGUUUAAACAGCAAUUUGCCCACAUUCCCAUAGUUCUAAAUUACUCAGAAUCACCCAGAUGUAAGGGAGAUAUUUAUGCAUAAUUUUAUUAAAAAUAUUGAUUUUUCCACUUAUGGUUACAAAGAAGUAAGUUUAAAAUUUGUCUUGAGCUUUGCUGUUGUUUUAGCCAAAAUUAAAAUUCAGUUCAAAUUUAAACCCCUUCUGGUGUGACAUUAAUUACGUGCCAACUCUCCUGCAGUCUCUCAUGUGCAGGUGAAUUUCUGUGUUUUAGUGUUUCAGCAAAAAUUUUUAAAGGCAAGGUGCCUAUUUAUUUAUUGGUGAGAAAUUAUAGAUUGACAGAUAUUGACCUCACAUACCGUAAUAGGUCUAGGAAUACAUCAAAAUGAGAAAAUGAGAAAUGCCUUAAACACCUCUCAAUAUAUUGGAAGGCUUUGGGUUUAUACCAAUAGAUCUUCAAUUUCUAAUAUCCCAGGGAUAAAAAUCUCACACCUUUGACUCAGAACAAAACUUGGCAGGUAUAUUACAGUACCAUGCAUUAAAUUUCUUCAGGGUUAAUCCGGGUUGGUAAUAUAUUCAAUGAGGUUUGACGUGAUGUGUUUGCUGGUUAACAACCAAAGUUCCAAUAGUCAGAAUAUUGCUGGUACAUUUUAAAGAUGGCACAUGCAGCUAUAGUUAAGCUUGUUAAUUAACAAAAGCUGUAAGAAUGUUGUUGGAGCAAAUAAAACAAGCACCUUGUAUUGCAUGA